AUGCUGGUAGUUUCAAAGCCCAAGGCGCCUAAGGUGCAAUUUGCAUAUUGGUUUUCUUCGUUGCCCUUGAGUGCUCGGCAUCCUGCCGAGAUCCACAAAUCAGGCCGCACCUCUCAAGUGCUCACGGUCGCCGGUGGAACGACCCGGAGUUCGGAGGUCAUAUCCGCUGGCGUUGCAAACUGCUCGGACCAUCCUCAUAUACGCCCAGCGAAACAGUCCGAGGUCUCGUUCAAAUGA